AUGACGUCGAUUUGUGAUGCGAUUUUGUCGGAUGAUGAAGAUGAAGUUUUAGAUGAGGAAGAAGAAGAAAUUGAAGAGGAAGAAGCUACGAGUAGUAAAGUUGAGGUAGGCUAUGACGUGGCAGAUAAACUAUGAACAUUUUGAAAUUGAAUCUGAAAAUUUCAACAACAAAAAUAAUCUAGCUGCUGUUUGAUCAAAAAUUUCUCCCUUUAUCGAAUUAUAGAUUUCCUGUAUAAAAGCCUUGCUCUGAUUUUAAUUCUCAAAAAUAAAUUCCCAUGAAAAUUCAAAAAUCAGGCUACUUGUAGAAAUAUUUCAAACUGUUUUUUACUAUCUUGAAGCUUUUUAUAAAUAUACCUUCUUUUAGAAGACCGAAGUAGAAGAAGAAGAAGACGAUUCUGAUGGAGAAGAUGAAGAAAAUAGUGAUGAAGAAGAAGAGGAAACUGAAGAAGGUGUGGAAUUUGAUAGUUCCGAAAAACCUCUUCAAAUAUCUGAAACAAAUAUGACAACAAAGAAUUUCAAUGAACUUGGAGUUGCAUCUUGGAUAACAAAUCAAUUAAAAACAAUGCAUAUCAAAACAGCGACACCUGUUCAAGCACAUUGUAUUCCAAAAAUAAUGGAAGGAUGUGAUAUUUUAGGAUGCGCAAGAACUGGAACUGGAAAAACAUUGGCAUUCGCAAUUCCGAUUUUGCAAAAACUUGCUGUCGAUCCGUUUGGAGUUUAUGCUUUAAUUUUGACGCCGACAAGAGAAUUGGCAUUUCAAAUUGCUGAUCAAUUUAUGGCGGUUGGAAAACCGAUUACUUUGAAAUGUUCGGUUAUUGUUGGAGGAAGAAGUUUGGUGAGUUUUUUGAGGAAUAAUCAAAUUUUUAUUGAAAAAAUGUUUUCAAAAACUCAAACCAUUUUCAAAUAUCAUUUUUUGCAGAUCCAACAAGCGUCUGAAUUAACAUCACGUCCACAUAUAGUUGUCGCAACUCCUGGAAGAUUAUCCGAUUUAAUCGAAAGUGAUCCAGAAGUUAUUUCGAAAGUCUUCAAACGUGUUCAAUUUUUCGUGUUAGAUGAAGCUGAUCGAAUGCUUGAAGGACAAUAUAAUGAUCAACUCAAACCAAUAUUCCAAGCUCUUCCUCAAAAACGACAAACUCUUUUGCUUUCUGCAACAAUUACAAAUAAUAUCAAUCAUUUGCAUAAAGUAUCAGUUAGAAAACCAUUUUUCUUCGAAGAUAAGGGAAAUAUUUCGACGGUUGAGAAUUUGGAACAGAAAUUUGUUGUUUGUCCGGUUUCGGUGAAAGAUGCUUAUUUGGUUUAUGUUGUGAAGAAUUUCAGUGAGCGAAAUCCGAAAUCAUCGGUUAUUAUUUUUGCACAAACUUGUCGAGAAUGUCAAGCAUUGGCUUAUAUGUUUGAAGGUCUUGGAUUUAGGGUAAGUAAUUUUGGGGGAGGAGGGUUAGAUUAGUUGAAAUUUGUAAGAGAAGUAGCUUUAAAAUAUUAAUGUUUCAAGUUUGGUUGAACAUUAAUUUAUUUUUGAUGAAAUUAUUGUAGAUUCUAUGUUUUGUAAAUGAUUUAAAAUGAAAUUUUUUGCAAAAAAUAUAGAUUUUUUACCAUCAAAAAUUUAGGAUUUCAUUUUUAAAAAAAUACAAUUAAAAUAACAGAUAUUUUUCAGGUUGGCUCACUUCAUUCACAAAUUGCUCAAAAAACUCGUCUCGCAGCACUUUCAGCUUUUCGUUCAAAAACUCUUCAAGUAAUAAUUUGUACAGAUGUCGCAUCUCGUGGUCUUGAUAUUCCACACGUUGAUUUGGUUGUAAAUCAUAAUGUUCCACAUUGUCCAAAAACAUAUAUUCAUAGAGUUGGUCGAAGUGCUCGAGCUGGAAGAUUUGGAUCCGCUUUGACUUUUGUAACACAAUAUGAUAUUGAAUUAUUGCAAGCAGUGGAGAAAAGUAUUGGAAAGAAAUUGGAGGAAUUAAAAGUUAGUGCGAAACAUGUGACAAAAUAUGUGACGAAAGUAAUUGUGGCCAAAAAAGAAGCAGAACUCAAAUUGGAUAAUCAGAAAUUUGGAGAAAAACGAGAAAUUAAUAAGAGGAAAGAACUUUUGUUGAGUGGAAUGACUGAAGAAGAAGCUGAUAAACAUAUGCAGAAUAUGAAAACGAAAAGAAUUAAUGAGUCGAAGAGGAAAAUUGAGAAGUUGAAUGGACAAAUUGAGUCGAAAAAAGCCAAGAAAUCGAAAUCCUGA